GAUACGAUGUAACUGCAAACUGGCAAUUGCAAGGAAGAGAGAAUACUGACGUUGAAAAAGGGGGCUCAUUUAAUCAAAGAAACCAAAUCAAAACAAAACAAACAAACCCAAAAAAAUUCAAUUCCAAUUCUAAGGAGAACAGGUAUCUUCCCCAACUCUCACAUCACAUACCUGUUCUCCUUUUUUUUCCCCUUUCCACCAAAGCCAGGGUUUUUCUCUUUCAAUUUUCAUGCCACUCAGAUUCACGGGAUUAUGUUUCUUCUGCCACACAAACCCUUUUUCGUCUUCGGUGUAAACUCCUCUUCCUUGUUGCAAUUGAAAAGGGUCCCUUUGUUUGUUCUUGUCUGCUGUUGUUGAUGUCUAUUAUUGUUGCUGAAGGGAAUUGGCUUGUGAUUGUGAACACACCCAAUUCCUCGCCAUUGCAACACACCCACUUGUCUUUCUCUAAACGCAGAUGGGAUAAGGCGUUUUCUGAGCUCCAGAGUGGAUAGUAUCUGAAUCAGAUUCAUAGCUAUAACAAUUAAAUUGCGGUUUUUAAUAUUUUGGAAUCAAUGGAUUCUUCACAAGGGUCUACCAUUGCUGGUUUCGUGGACAAUGCAUCCAUUCAGAGGAAUGAGACUAGUUUUGAUGGCGUUCCCGUGUAUGUUAAGGAACUAAUUGCUGGAGGCUUUGCUGGUGCGCUUUCUAAGACUACCGUUGCACCCCUCGAACGGGUUAAGAUACUUUGGCAGACAAGGACACCAGGAUUUCAUUCUCUUGGGGUGUACCAAUCUAUGAAUAAGUUACUAAAGCAUGAAGGUUUUCUAGGAUUAUAUAAGGGAAAUGGAGCUAGUGUUAUCCGCAUUGUUCCAUAUGCAGCCUUGCAUUUUAUGACAUAUGAGCGCUACAAAAGUUGGAUCUUGAAUAAUUAUCCUGCGUUAGGUACAGGUCCUUUUAUUGAUCUUUUAGCAGGCUCUGCUGCCGGAGGAACUUCAGUUUUAUGUACCUACCCCUUGGAUCUUGCCCGUACCAAACUUGCUUACCAGGUGGCAGACACCAGAGGAGGAAGUAUCAAAGAUGGUAUGAAAGGAGUUCAACCUGCACAUAAUGGCAUUAAAGGUGUGCUUACAAGUGUCUAUAAGGAAGGGGGAGUUCGUGGACUUUAUAGGGGUGCAGGACCAACCCUUACCGGAAUUCUACCAUAUGCUGGUUUAAAGUUCUACAUGUAUGAGAAAUUGAAGACUCAUGUUCCUGAAGAACAUCAAAGGUCCAUUAUGAUGCGUCUUUCUUGUGGUGCUCUAGCUGGAUUGUUUGGACAGACUUUAACAUACCCUUUAGAUGUUGUCAAGAGACAGAUGCAGGUUGGCAGCCUGCAAAAUGCUGCUCAUGAGGAUGCCAGAUACAAAAGUACAAUUGAUGCACUUAGGAUGAUUGUUCGCAAUCAAGGCUGGAGGCAGCUGUUUCAUGGCGUAAGCAUUAACUAUAUAAGGAUUGUUCCUUCAGCUGCAAUUAGUUUCACCACAUACGACAUGAUGAAGUCUUGGCUUGGCAUACCACCGCAACAAAAGUCUCGAUCAGUUUCGGCAGCAUGAUUGCUCUGUGCUCACCCGUGAUGGCAAUAACUUACAAUGUCACUUUCUAAUUGACUCUAAUUUUACAGGAAUGUCUCUUACUGAGUAUUACUGCAUAUGAUUACCACAGAUUAUUGUUAGAGGAAACCCUUUUGGUUAAAAUUAACUAAUGCUCAAGUUUGUUUGUCGUAUCUGGAAAGUUCCUUCAUAGUGCUACUCAUUAUUUCUUUAACCUUAAAACGUAACUUGUAUACAUUUAUACUAAACUGUGGAUGCAAUGCAAUGCAAUACAAAGGUAACUAACUAUCUUCAUGAAUAAGCUAGGACGUGUUCUGUUGACUGUUGAGGCUGAGCAUAAAUUCUAGUUGUCAAAGCCGUAUAGGGAUGGCUAAUGUCACAGGAAUCAUCAUCAUGGUUUGAAUGAUUCUCACUGGGUAAGAUUUUAGAUGACUGCAAUGCUAGGAUGUAUAUGUACACAUGGUACAGCAUGCUAAUGGCUUUACAAAGCACGAGGUAGCGCUUAUGUAUUUAUUUUUAUAUCAUGCUCAUGCCUGAUGUAAGUCUACUAUUAUGAUGUCCAUCAUAAAAAA